CCCUUGUCGGGCCCCUGCAGAAUCUGGCCACAUCCUGAGUCUCCCGCCAGGCUUGCCUUCAGAUAUCCAGGAGCAACAGUAUGAAGUGGUGGGGUCUCCAGUGGCUGAUGCUCUCCUGCCUGGCCAUCCUGCCAGCUUCAGGAAACUGGCAAGAAAGAAUCGACGCUUCCCUUGAAGCUCUAACUCAGAGUAAACUGAUACCGGGAAUGAAACCCUGCAAAACGAUUCCCACCGAGGAGCAGUGUGCCUAUUACUGCGAUCUUCCCAGAGCGUGUCCGACGGGUCUUCAAUGCUGUAGCGCCUCCUGUGGAAAUGUCUGCAUGCCUCCCAAGGGACAUGGGAACCGCCGUUCAAGCCACAAAAUCAGCAACUUCCUGUUUACGGUUGAGCCCAUAAAGCAGCAGUGAGAAUCAGAGGACACCGGGAGGCCUUGGAAGAAUGUUCCAGAACCUCCAGUAGCAUCACCUUGCCACAGCUAUGGGUGAGGGAGUGGGCUUUCCUACCUGCCAGCCCCCUUCCCUAAGCUGUCAUAUUGUCAGCUUCAAUUCCUUGACCAAUAAGCUGUGACGACGGAA